UGGUCUCUUCCUUAAGCAGCAAAGCAGAAAACUUUCUGGGUUCAAUUUCUGAUUCUUCAAAGUCCAUGUCUUGGAUGGUAUUAAUCCACAUAGCUGUGAUGCUCAUUGAUGAAAUUGGUCAAGCUAUCAAGUCAUCUGGUGACAACAAAUUGAUCAUAUUCUUGGCCCCAACUGUUCAUCUUGUUCGUCAGCAAUUUGAGGUUAUUAAAGAACACACUACUUUUAAAGAGGAGUAUUAUGGAGCCAAGGGGGUUGUUGCGUGGGAUAAGGAGCAUUGGGAAAAGGAAUUUAAAACCCGUGAUGUAAGUUUACUUCUUUUGAAAAUCUUGACCAGUAGUUUAGAUUAAUGAGGUUGAUGUUCAUGCUUAUAUGUCAGUGCUCCUUAUCUUUGCACUGUCUGCAACAUUCUUAGUCCGUUGAGAUUUGAAAGAUGGCAUCUUUUUUAUUGCUGACGAAGUAACAAGCUGAUCCGUGCUCACUUUGCUUAUUAGCUAGUUAUGAGAAAUUACUUAAUUUGUUCAGAAAUCAUGUAGUAUAAUUU